AAUCACUACCUCCAUUCACGUCCACUCAUGCCACCGAAACGCAAACUACGCGCCUCGUCACCCAAUGGCCUCGCCCCAGGACAGUUACUCAAGAGAAACACGCUUCCAGGCAAUAUGACAACACCGUGGGCUUGGGUGGGCACCGAGGUGGCGACGUCUUCAGAAAUUACCCAAGAACACCUUCUCGCGACCUGUGGACUUUCUCGAAGAAACGAUUGCUCGUUCUGUCGUAAUAGAUACUCACCAGACUACCGUUUGGCUUCAUCACCAGCGCCUGACGAUGCAGAGGAUGGCGUCAUUGUCAUUUCCGAUGAUGAGGAGUUUACAUGCAGCAAGCAGUCUUGCAAAUACAACCCCAACUGUCUCAAUUAUCUUGGUCAAGAACUAUGGGAGGAUGAAGAUCGUGCUAGGGAGGCAUUUCUCAAGGCUGCUAACAUCGGCGACGACCCUUUACUCCACAGUCGAGAUCCGGAUAUCCCUGUGGGACUGAAAAAUCUUGGAGCGACCUGCUACGCGAAUGCCUCGCUCCAAGUAUGGUUUCGAGACCUAGCUUUUCGAAAAGGCGUAUACGAGUGUCGACUUGCAGAAGGCUCUAAGGACAAGUUCAAGGAAUCUCCCAUAUUUCAGCUGCAAGUAACAUUCGCCGCCCUACAGGAAAGUUCUCAGACCGUCUUCAACCCCAUCAAACUUGUGGAGAGUCUGCAGCUGCGGACAUCAGAGCAACAAGACGCCCAAGAAUUCUCGAAGCUCUUUAUGUCUCAUCUCGAUGCAGAAUUCAAGAAACAAACCAGUCCCUCGCUACGGUCGCUUCUCACCGAUCAAUUUCAAGGAAAACAGGUCUACGGAACUCUCUGUGAUACCUGUGCUUACAAGUCUGAACGGUCGUCUGACUUUUUGGAAAUUGAAAUCAGUUUUAAGAAUAACGCAAAACUUGGAGAUUGCAUCGCAGCAACCCUACAACCAGAGAAAUUAACCGGCGAUAACAAAUACUUUUGUUGUCGGUGUGAUGGUCACCGUGACGCUACACGCUAUGUCGAAUUACGUGAAUUGCCGCCUGUUCUUCAUUUUUCCCUGCUGCGUUUUGUUUACGAUGUUUCCACUAUGGAGAGAAAGAAGUCCAAAAACACCAUCAUAUUUCCUGGCAUCCUUAACAUGAAUAGGUUCAUAGGAAAUGCCGACUUGCGGAAGAGUGCGACGCACGAUGAUCACGAUGACGGUAUAUAUGAGCUGCGCGGGGUAUUGUUGCACAAGGGUGCUAGUGCCUACCACGGACACUACGAAGCACAAGUUUUCGACAUCACAUCUCGAUCCUGGUAUCAGUUCAACGAUGAUGUAGUCACGAAGAUUGAAAAGUUGGGGAAAACCCCUUCAGACAAGAAAAUUAUUGAUCUAGAGUCAGAUUCGGAAGUGAAACAAGAAUCAUUGCAAGGGAAGAAGCAACGUGCGAAGGCCGCUAAGCGAAAGCGUGUGAUUGAUGCCAGUGACGAAGAAAUCGAGGGGGCCCCCGAUCAGACCAAUGGCUUAAAUGCACAGGCUCCUAGCGAAAUCUCUUCCAAAGACGCUUAUAUGCUGAUAUAUGCUAGGCGCGAGCCUUUGAAAACUGAACAGGCCGUAUCUAAUAAUAUGCCAUUGAACCUUUCGCCUUCUCCUGAUGUAAUAGGAGAAUGCGAGACAUAUUCCACCAAGAAGAAGGCUGCUGUCGCCCAUUUCGAUGAAACAAGGCACCGAGUCAUGGAUAUAUAUCGUUCUUGGAGUGGUGCCUCUGUCAAUGAGGACGCUGUGAUAGUCAGUCAACAGGCCUUGAAGAAAUGGCUUUCAACGGAUUCUAUAACGGCUGCCAUCAAGACUAUGAAUAAUUCUCAGGAAACAUUGGGAACAGGCGAGCAUACUAAUGAACCGCGGCUUACUGAAAUCCCAAACGACGAGAUUAUCUGUCCUCAUGGACGUUUAGAUUACAGGAGAUCUCAGUAUAUGAAACGCAUAACAAGACGUGCAUACGAGCGGAUAAAUGACGAGACUUGCUGUGUUUUCAAACCGAUACUGACACCUAGUGAUGUCUGCAGAGAAUGCGUACAGAGAUCACUCACAGAGCGAAUAUAUCAGAUUGAGCAUCCACGAAUAGUGCGAGACUUCGAACAGGUUUCAGAAGUUGGCGCUAAUUCUUUCGGCUACUGGAUAUCUAAACCUUGGCUAAAAGAUUGGAAAUUGGCGAAACCGAAAAUGCAUGUGGUCUCUGAGAGCGAUCCUUCUCCAGAAGCACCGGAAUACGAUAGGCACGUUCGUUGUGAGCAUGGGGGAUUGGUGCUUAACACGACGUCACGGACGCGAAUUUCAGUGGAGGGAAUGGAAAUAUUGAUAAGGUUGUUUCCGACCUGGGAAGCAUUCUCCACUGAGAUGGAACCAUGCGCAGUGUGCGAAGCCUCCAUCGAUAUAACGAAGGCUGACCGCUUGGAGCUACGAAAACGUGCAGAGAAUGAGAAGGCCAGACUAAAGCACCUAAAUGAUAACGAACUUGUCAGGGGCGUGGUACUGCUUGAGGAAAUUCCAUGUGCGAUUCUCCCAACGCAAUUUCUACGCUCCUGGAGGCGUUGGUUGACUCGUCCUGGUGAUUUCCCAAGGCCGGAAGUCAUCGACAAUGAGCCUUUCUUUUGUCACCAUCGUCUUCUCAUUUUCGAUCCCAACUGUGCGACGGAUAUGGACUCCGCUUUGGCCGUUGUCAAACGAAGCGACUGGGAUAUUCUGGAAACUUAUUACUCAGCUGGGCCUUUGAUUGCUCUUGCAAAAGAAAGUGGAAGCUCGGCACGGUUCGUUCAUGACAUACCUGUUUGUGAUCCAUGUCGGCAGAAACGAAAGCGUGAUUGGGAAACUACCGACAUAACUAUUCGGUUUGGUAAGGGAACGAAGCCUAAUGAGGGUGGCGACUCCAUUUCCCGAGACCCUGCUCCAAAGAUGUUGGGUGCCCGACAAUCCAAGCGAUUACGGCAGAUAAAGCAACACGGCGAGAGGCGAAAGGUGACGAUAUCCAAGACCACCACCGUCAAAGAUAUCAAAGUCAUGCUCCAGAAGAUAUUUAAUAUUUCGCCCAUUUGUCAGCGCAUCUUUUAUCUCGGACAAGAACUGGAGGACAACACGGCGACGGCAGCAUCAUUGAACAUUUUCGCUAACGAUAUUCUGGAACUUCGAGAACAGAACGAGGUUUACGAGCUUUCUUCGGACGGCGACGAGGUUCCCAGUAAGCGGCCACGAAGAGAAGAAGGAAGUGGCUUCGGAGGGACUUUACUAGGAGGAUCAAACAAUGUGUCCACUUCUCGGGAACAGAGCGAGACUCCGCCAAAGAGCAGCGGAGUCGAACAGAAAUCCUGCGGAAUGUGUACCUUGUUAAAUGACUCUGAUGCUCUAACCUGUACAAUGUGUGAUACACCUUUUCAUUGA